GAGGACCCAGUGGGCGGAGGGGGAAACGGCGAAGGCAUAUUUCUCCGGCAGUUUUUCAGUUCCCAUUAGGGUUUUGGCAGCUACGGCCUUCUCUUUCUCCGAUUGGUUACCGCCGUUGGAAUCUUACUGCACGAUGACGACGAGCCGGUCGGCGGUGCAUCCGGUGGAGCCUCCGUCGGUGAGCAACUUUCCGACGAGGGUAAGGAUGAAUAAUUUUCAAGGCAUGCCCGGAACUGCCGGCAGCCUCUUUCUCCGUCUCGCCCAGCUAGCUUUCGCGGUCAUUUCUCUCUGUGUUAUGGCCACCACCUCCGAUUUCCCGUCCGCCACAGCCUUCUGCUUCCUUGUGGCUGCUGUUAGCUUACAAAGCUUGUGGAGCCUGUCGCUUCUUAUUGCUGAUGUAUAUGCUCUUUUGGUGAAACGAAGUUUUAGAAACGGACGAUUUCUUAGACUAUUCACCAUUGGUGAUGGGGUGACAUCCACUUUAACAUUUGCUGCUGCUUGUGCAUCAGCUGGCAUCACAGUCCUAAUCGGUAACGACAUUGAUAAAUGUGCUGUCAAUCACUGCAAGAGGUUUAUGUCGGCGACAGCCAUGACAUUUUUUUGCUGGUUUUCAUCCUUCCCUUCAUACUUCUUCAACUUAUGGUCUUUUUUUCACAAACGGUGUCGAUGAUCAUCCACUCUUUCUAGUUACGUGUCAAUGUUCAUAUAUUGUCUUGUAUUGUGUUGAUGAAGUUUUGGAUGCUUUUAACCCCCCCCCCCAUGAAAAUCACACAUGGUUCCCUUUUGAGAGAACUGAUAACCAAACAGAUGGCUGUUGAAAGAAAUCACUAAGGGAUUG